AUGGUUUAUGUAUCAGCGAACUGCGCUUCACCCUUCGCCUCGCCCAGAGGGACAAGACCGAAGCUCGUGGAAGUCACACGCAUUGGAAUUCCACCGGGGUGCCACUCAGCGCCAGUGACUCUUCUUCAGAACGCCCUAGCUCCUUCCAGAUUUGUUUCUUCCUGGCAGAGGGAAGAGGAGGGAAAAAGACCGGAGAGAGGCCGGCAAGAAAAACGAGAAAAACGAAAGUCUCCUGUCGCCUGCGGGUACAGUGCCUCCGGCGACAAGGCUAUCCUCCGUGAAAGGCAGUCACCUUUCCUGUGUGACUCUUCUCGUCAGAAACGAAAAUCAAACGUAGAGACACCGAGGUACAAACCUCUCCACCGAAUGCAUUCCUCUACCGUUUCGUCUUCCUCUUGGACUUCUUCUGCAUCUUUUUCCACUUCUGCUUCUUCGUCUUCUUCGUCGUCUCCGCUGUGUAGACGAGAGAAUCCGAAGCGUUUGUCGUCUCCUUGUAAGAGAGCAGUUCCUUCCUCGUUGUCGGUCCCUUGUAGGGAGCGCGAAGAAGCGAGUCUUCGACUGCACUCGAUUGUGAAGAAAGUCGAGUCCGGGGGAAUUCGAUUUCGACAAGGAAGCGACUCCUGCUCUGUCCGGGAAGCAAUCGAAAUUUUCUGUGGAGAGAGACCUCAGUGGAGCGUGCGUCAAGACGCGCUUGUGUUCGUCCACGGAGCUCCCGCGAAGCCCGGCUUUCGACUGUCCGGCGAAAAGUCAGUCGAGGACGAGGGCGACAGGAGAGAAAAACAGACAGCCUCUCUGGUGCCGCAGACUCCAGGCAUGGCAGGCCUCGGACUCAGGGACCAACUCGACCCACCAGCACCCAGCAAUACGCCACACAUGCCCAGGCGACAAACGAGCAACGAAGCCGCAGAGGACUCACGCAGUCCUGCUUCCACUACGGGGGCAGAGCGAAGGACUUUAGUAGGUUUCACGGAAGAACUGUCACCGAGUGUGGGGGCGACCGACUCACCCUUCUUUCGAAAGAGCAACGCGAUGUCCCUUUCUUCUGCAGUAUCUUCCUUUUCACCCUGCCACCGUGCCAUGCCUUCUUCUUGUGCAGUCGAUCCUUCCUCUCAAGGACUUCCGAUUUCUCCCGCCUGUUCGCCUUCUUCGAUUCCAGGUCCAGACGAGCUCAUCGGGGCUUCGUCUCUGCCUCAGAACGUGUGUUCGCCUUCCUUGUUCUCUCUCCACCGCCUCCGUGGAAGGGAUUGCCCUUUCUCUCCUGCUUCGUCGUACGCAAGCGCUUCGCCUUCCUUCGGACCUUCCCCUCAUGUUUUGUUUUCUCGUUCUCCACCAAAAAUUCACUUUCUCCCUUCAUCUGACCGCUCUCGCGACUCAUCGAUGUUGCCUGCUUUCCUGUGUCAGAAGAAUUCCUCUGUCGCCUUGUUACAUCCCGCCGACAGCCCUCCGUCUGCGGCAUCUUCUUCAUGGGGCUCUCGUUCAUCUUGCGUAAAGCCGCUGCAAAGUUCUUCUCCUUGCCGAAAGUCUCAGUUGCCCUCUUCGACUCCAGCUCGUGUCUCUUCCUGCUUCUCUUCCUUGCCAUCUCCUCCCCCACGCACCUCUUCUUCUUGUCAGCAGUCGAACUGUGGUUCGCCUGGCUCUUGUCCGUCUUCUUCGAGUUUUUGUCCUCGUUUUUCUGUCGCAGCACAUUGCACAGCCUGCUUGGAGACCAGUUCAUUGCCUCCAACCAACAGUAGCAGCCGCCUGAACGCCGCCUCCACUCGAGAAGAGAACAAGGUCUCUUCUCCGUCUUCCUCUCCUCCUUGGCGCGCCUCCGCUGCCUCACAUGUGUCAUCUCCUUCUCCUGUCUCGUCGUCUGUCUCCGCUUCGAUUUUCUCUGUGGGGAGACAGGAAAAACGGAGAGAUCCGAGCGCGGUUUGUUCAACUCCGCAGCCCCGCAAGUUCUCAGCGAGAGAAGGAGAAGCUGGGCGAGACGGACCCCAGGCAAGGGAGGGGGGCAGACCAGAGAGAGCGAGGAGCAAGGAAGAACAUGGGAGCGAGAGGAAGCAGGAAGCCGAACCACGAGAAAACUGUCGAAAAGGCGAGAUGGCCAACGAAACAUCAACAGGUUCUCUCCCCUCUAUUCUAGACGAAAGAGUAGCAACUCCGACAACUUUAACCGAUAAAAAGGGAAUCCAAGUCGACCCGGAAACGAACAAUGGUUUAGCAAGUCCUGCUUCGCACGCUGCAUACAUCUGGCGUGCUCAGUCGCAGUCUUCUUCCGGAAACGGGUCCUUGUCUUCUUUCCUGUCUUCUCCCUCUUCUCCCUUUUCUUCUGCUUCUCCCUCGCUUUUUUCUCCACUCUGUGGACCUGCUUCCGACGCCACUCGCCUCGCAGGUCUCAUAGCCGGACCGUGCACUCUGCGAGAGGCACAGAGGGCACUGACAACCCCAGCAAAGCGUUUCGGACUUCUCACACCGGUGACAAAAACAGUCUCCCCUUCGCGACUUGCGUCACUUCGUCAGGCCAGAGGACCGGAGAAGAAAACGAAGAAAACAAAGGACGCAGAACUGGAAACGAGGCACACCGAACAAGCGUACAGACUGAAGAGCAGCCGCGAGGAGACAAGAGUGAAGCCGCUCAACGCAGCUUCUUUGUUGGGCAAUGAGGGGAAAGAGAAAAUGAACUUGUCCCCGUGCUCGCGUUUCUUCUCGAGAGCCAGAGCAAGGGAGAAGGAACAAAGAUCCCACGAAGGAGAGAAUGAGAAAGGAGGGAACGAAGAGAUCCGUGUGGCGGGGAACGACGAACCAAAGAGACAGGAGGGAGGGUCAAAAGGAGAGGCGGUGCUGAUGGACAGGAUUAAGAGCUCAGAGAGCGAUGCCGACAGGGAAAGAAAAAUAAAACUGGAAGAGGCACUGUCACCUUGUUCGCUGUUCUUCGCACGCGCGAGGAGAAGACUCGCGGCAAGCAAAGGAACACAAAAUGCAGCUGGGGGAGAGCAAACAUGCGGAGAGAAUGCAACAGAGGCGAGACAAACGAAAGCUCUGGAUAGGACGAGAAGGAGAACGAAAGAGACAAGUAACGCCCGUCAGUCUCCCACAAAACGUCGAGGCUCCUUUCGACUGAAUCUACACAACUUACAACAUCUCCCGUGUUCUCCUUCUGCACCAUUCUAUGCACCUUGUUCUUCUAACUCUCCUUCGUUUGCUUCUUCUUCGUCAUCUGUUUCUUCUUCUUCACCUGUUUCUUCUUCUCUUGUUUCUUCUUCUUCCUUUCCUCCUUCUUUUUCGUCCUCUUCCGCUGCUUCUUCCCCGUUUGCGUCUUGUUCCUACAUUUCUUUUUCUUCCUCAUCUUGUACGUCUUUCAUGGCCGGUUCGUCUUCACUUCACUAUGGAUUCUGGGGGGAACGUCCGUUGCGAGGAGCUCCUGUUGAGCAGCCAGGGUCUUGUGCAGCUCGCGCUCGACACACACGAGGGAAGUCGCCCCCGCACCAGUCUUUCUGCUUUGAAUCGCCCGGUUUGUCUCUGCCUCUCCAGAGACCUUCUUCCCCACCUUCUUCUCGACCAUCGCGUUCCUUGACGGCGCCACUGUCUCCCUUUUCCGACUUCUUCUCUCGCGUCCAAGGUCGCACAGCGACUCUGGCAGCCAACCAAGAGCAGCCAGCCUUCUGUGGCUCUCCUGGCGCCUCGCCUUCGCCACUCUCCUUUUCCUCCUCUCCGGCGUCUUUGCUCACCUUCGAGUCCCCGCAAAGGAAGAACAAAGAAACCGCGCUGUCUCCCGGAAAAAAGAAGACGAUAGCGACUUCGCCUCCACGCUCUCUGCCCAUACAGAAGGAAGGACGCAGAGACCCCGAAGACCGGACGGCAAGAGAAGAAGAACAAAGCAGAUACGCGAAGAGCCACCUGGAAGCCUUGUUUGCGGGGAAACGACAGGCGCACAUCGCUGGCGAGCAGCGAGAAGAAAACAACGAGACAGAACAGGCGAGGGCAGAGAGAGAAGAACGUGAAGAAAACGGUGAAGAACGCAAGAAGAGAAAGGAAGAGACAUCACACGGAGGAGACAAGCGUAAAGGAAGGACGAGUGAGGAACAGGGAGAGAGAGAGAAAGAAGAAGAAAGCCGCGAGACAGAAGGAAAGCACGCAGAUGCCCGAGAAGGAAACAUGAUGCAAGUGGAGAGGAACGCGAAAGACAGAGGAGCCGAGAAUGGCAGAGUCGACCACGAGGAGAGACAGACAGGAGGAGAACAAAUAGGGAGAAAGACGGAGUAUAAAGUGGGCAGCAGGGAAGGAAACGGGGCAGACGUGAGACGCGAAGAAGAAGACUCAAAGGAAAGGGAGAGUCGUGACGAGGCCUGCAAGAGGCCUGGCGCAUGUUGGCCGGACGCGGAAGAAGGCCAAGGGGCUGAGAGAACGCGAGUUGGUCGAGAAAGAGAAGAAAAACAAGAGCUUCAGUCGCCUUCUCGUUCUUCGAAACUGGAGAAAGUGGCGUUCGUGCCAGGACGUGAUCUCCACGCAGAAGACCCUCGAGAAGAAAGGACAGACUUAAAGGGGAGCGUCGAAGCGGAAAUUCAGAGGGGCAGGACGGAGGAACUUCAGAAGGGAGAAGCACGAAGACACCCAGGAAGCGACGGACGCAAACGCUUCUGCACAGAAGGCGCUGGAACUGUGGGGAGCUCGUGCGAGCGCCAGAUUGGAAACUCCGUGAGACCGGGAGACAAAGACACACCACAAAAACAACAAGCGACAGCUGGAGAAGAAGGAGAAGGCACGGGAAAAGACAACACACCUUCGAAGACAAGACAUUUCUUCGACGACCAAGUCGCUCCGACCUCGACCGCACUCGACCGCAGCUCUCAGGCGGCAGAGGGGAAAGGCACUCUCGUCCGAGAGGAGGAAGCAGGAAAAUCGACAGUCCUCUGUGCGAAAAAACACGGUAGAGAAAACCUGCAGAUACGUGAGAAGGAGGUCGCAGGCAGUCCAGAAGGCGAAUUGGAUGAAGCGAUACAAAGAGUCGAUCUCGAUGGACAGUCAAAUAAUGGAGACUGCCUACGAGCACCACAAAGAGCAGAGGAAAACAGUCACUCGAGUCCGCGCUGCAGUCGUAGCAGCGAACUUCAUGGAGAAGCGGGAGCACCCGCGAGGAUACGAGAAGAAACAAAUGCAGAAGUGCGACAGGGAGACACAAGAGAAGAAAGGCUGCCGCAAGAGGCUGUUGUUUUUGAAACACAAAAACAAGGCCCCAGACAAAAACAAGAGCGAGAAGCUCGGGAGCGAGAGGGAGAUGACGCCUCGUGCCAUGCGUCUGCGCCAGUUCACCCCCGACCUCAAGCUGAGCCUGACGAAGAUUGGAAACAGAUUUUAGAGGAACUGGAGGGAUAUUUCCACUCUCUCGCCGACCCUCAUUCUCCCUCCCAGAUUGACGGUUCCCGCGUAGCUUCGUGCCUCUUCCCUUCCUCUCUUCCUUGUGCACCUCUGUCCCCCGUCCUCCUGCCGUCUGCGCUUCCGUUCUGUCCUUCUAGUGGCGUCUCUCAGGGUGAAAAAGGCAGAGAGGAAGGAAACAAAGAAUGCAGCCAAAGCUGGACCUGUGCGGUCCACCCUCACGACCCACAGAAGGAUGGCCAACAAAGCGCAGACUGUAGUGAAGCUGCCAAAGGCGUUCCUUGUUUCACGGCUUCUCCGCUGUCGUCUCCAGCUCGCGCGACAUCACUCCACAGCCGAGGAAGCCAACAAAGUGUAUUGAAAACAGGGGCUACCCCAGCGACUGACUUCCUUCCAGAAAUCGUGGAACCUUCUUCUUCUUUCCGUUCUUUUUCCUCUUCUCCUUCGCUCUCCUGCGUUUCCUCUUCGUCUUCUCGCGCCUCGUCCUCCGCCUCCUCUCCUCCCGUCACCUCUGCGACGAACGCCCCCGACUGUCUUCCGGGAACUCGAAGGCGAGGCCUGCCGCCAGUGCCUCCACCGUCAUGCGGUGGCACAGCACAGUUGAAAGUGACACUGGCGUCUCGUCUCCCAUCUCGUCCACCUCUCUGCUCCUUUUUCGCUGUGGGCUCUGGCAGUGUGUCUCGACCUCUCUCGACUGCAUGCCCCUCCUCGUUUUCCUCUUCCUGCUCCUCCCCUUCUUCAUCUCCGGUUCUGUGUUCCUCGCCAUCGCGUUCUUUCUCUUCUGUUGCUGGUUGUCGCUCGCCUCCUCCUCGUCACAUCGUCCCGCAACGAAACCGCGUCCAGUCUUCGGCUUUGCGCGUCUCGCCUGACCGCCAGUGCUCGCUUUUGCCCGCCCUUGAAGCAGAACAACAGCCGCCAAAUGCUUGCGGCGAGUCUUAUGCUCCCGUCAUCCCGUCGCUUCCCAGCUCCUCCUCUCCCUUCUCCAGCGCCGCGGCUCCCGGCGGGGUCCUUCUGGCACAUGCGAACUCCUCCGAUGCCAAGACAUCCCCCGCGUCCUCUUCGUCUCCUUCUGUCUCUCAAGUGGACUCUCUUCCCGAGCGUGGGCCUCAGGCACUGGCUUCGACUUCUCCGCGGCGACUCCUCUCACCGUCGACAGCUCAGAGUGGGUGUCCUGUACCUACGCCUGAUCUGUCUCCUGUCUCUCUUCUCACUUCGCCCUCCGUUUGUUCGGCCUCUUCUUCGUCCUUAUCUUUGGGCUCGGCCGUACCUUCCAUCACCUCUUCUUUGAGCCAACCAUCGAGUUCGCGUCUUCCGCUUCCACCUCGCAACGCUCCAGCCAUGCCCACGAAUAACUGCUGGCGAGUUUCACCGUGUCCACUUCCGCACCCUGCGAUCGCAUCUCCGUCUCGCGUUUCCAGUCACUCUUCUUGGCCUCCCCCGGCAUCUCGUCCUCGCCUUGAAACUGUUCAGUCCUCGAUGUCUCACGCCGCUGCUCUUGCCUCUUCGUCAUCGUCCUCCGCUUGUCUCCUGGAAGCGUCUCGAUCCUCCAGUUCCUCCUACGCGGCCAAUGGCACCCCUUCGUCUGCGUCCUCUUCGUUUUCUUCUUCCUCUUCUCUUACCUUCUCGUCCUGUUCUCCUUCCUGUGCUUCUUCCGCUUCCUCGUCUGUAUCAUCCUCUUCUUUUGCCUUCUCGUCCUGUUCUGCUUCCUCUGCUUCUUCCGCUUCCUCGUCUGUAUCAUCUGCCUCGCAUGCCUGCUCGUCCUCUUCUCCUUCCUGUGCUUCUUCUUCAUCCUCUACUGUCUCCUCUGUCGCAACUUCCUCAACCUCUAUUUCUUCCCUUCCAGCUCCGGCUUCCAUUUGUUCUGUGUCAGAAGUCCCGCAAGUUUCGUCCUCGUCAUGUUCCUUCUUGUCAGCGUCUUGUUCCGCACAGUCUUUAUGUCACACUCGUCUUCCUUCUUUCAUAUUGCUGAACUCCGCGUAUGGGUGCUUUUCUCAGUUUCUUCCUUUGCCUGCCCAAGAGUCUUUUUCCUGUCCUCUCCGUUGUUCUGCGUCUCACUCAACUCACUGUCACUCUUCCACCUUAUCCUCUCAACCCCUUCCACUUCCUCCGCUGUCUCAUCCCCUCCCUCUUGCUUCUCCUCAGUGUCAGGGCGCUUGUUCUCAGGGGCUCUUGACCUUUGUUCCUCCUUUCUUCUCUGCCUGCAAGACUGUUCGGACAUGCCCGUUUUCCAGUUCACUCUCUGGCACUCUUCGUUCUCCUUCAUGCAGUUGUUUUCCCUCUCUCUCCUCCUAUCCUUCUUCCACUCAGCGUCGGCCGUCUUCUGCCCCUCACUGUUCAAAAGGUUCUUCCUCUCGUCGUUGCGUCUCUGAACUUGGUUUCGCUUCUUGUUCACACUUAUCACCCUCUGCUUCUGGUUCUCUCGUUGAACCAAAGCUGUCUGUCUCUCCUCCCCUUCCUCUCUCCGGGCCUGCCUCCGUGUCUGCAUCAGAUGUCGAUCCGUCUCGUCCUUCCGGACUUUACAACUCCGCUGUAGCACCGCCUCUCUCGCACCGGUCCUCGUUUUCCUCUCCUAGUUCCUACUCUCCACCGCGUUGUCCGCCUUCGGAGUCUUGUUCUCUUUCUUCUCCUGUUCUGCACUCUGCCCUUCGCUCUCCUCAUUCUUCUUCGUCUUCUAGUUCGCCUUCUUCGUCGCCUCCGCGAUAUGCUUUGAGUUGUCCCUCUCUCUCUUCUCGCGCUUCUCCUGUCUCCUCCACCGCUUCUUCCCCCUCGCCCCCACGGUGUCCUCUCUCUUCGUCUCCUUCCAAGUCUCCUUCUCCAUCCCGUCUCGAACCUGUUCUCCCCUUUCUCUCUCCAUGCCGUUCCUAUUCGUCUCUGUUUCACCCGUCUUCUUCGCAUUGUCGACCUGCAACGCCUGGAAACUCUUCUCCUCCGUUGGAGGCGCUUGCGUCUCCUCAUCUUCCUUUCUUUCCUUCUGCGUCUGCUGUCGCCGUUGUUCCCUCCUCGUCUCCUCACCCGGCGCGCUCGUCUCCACAAUCCUAUUCGUCUCUUCCUCGUUGCCCGCCUCCUUCGCCCGUUGCAGAUUCUCCUUUCUCUGUUUCGUCUCUCGCAUCAACUGGCUGUUCGCCUUCCGGCCUUGCGUCUUCAGUGUCGGCCUCGAUUCUUUUCCGUCCUCCGCUUCUCUCCUCGGACCAUUCUUCGUCGUCCUCUUCGCCUCCGCAUUACGCGUCUUCUUCGUGGCUGAAUUUCCCCUCCUUGCACGGACUCUCUCCCUCUCGGCAUUCGUCGCCUCGAGGUUCUUUCGCACAGUCGAAUCCCGCCCCCGCUAAGCCGCCUCCAUUCCCCGACGGUUCUCAGCCUUCUUCAGGCAACUCCAAUGUCUCCGGUCGUCCUGCUGCUCUUUCGCCUUCCCCGCCGCAUUUCCGACUGUUCCUCCCUUCCUGUCGCGAUUUGCGUCGUCGUUCUCGUCUACCUUCUUCUGCUUCUUCUUCGUCCGGCCCCCAUCUCCCUCCAUCGCCCGACAGUUUGUCCUCGCUCACGCCCUCUUUUCUCUGCCGCUGUACUCCUCCUCUUCCAGACUGUUCUUCCUCUCCCACAAUUGCCUCUUCUCUUCUGCUCUCUUCCCCCUCCAGAAAGGCUGCUCUUUCUCACUGUAUUCCUUCUUCGCCGCUUGCCGCUGUCGCUUCUCCAGAGUCGCCUCUCUCCCUCGCAGAGAGAGACGAGACGCACCAACGCGUCUCCAGUGUCUCUAUUCCCCCGUCCUGGACAGGCGCUCCUUCGGCUUCUUGUCGUCCCUCCACCUCCAGAUCUUAUUCUGUGCAUCUUCGCCAGCCAGGUUCCUGCGAAAGAACGCACAAGACGGCAAACGAGUCUUGCCCUUCCUUGCAUGUUUCUCAACCGCCUCUGUUCUCCUCGCUUCCACCUUGUGCGCUUCCUUUUCUGUCAACGUCGCCUACGGGUUUCGAGGACUCGAAGAAAGAGGCAGAGAAACUCAGCACAAAGAGGAACUCCAGUGUCCGGAAGAUGUUCGAUCAUAAGCUACGCUGCGACGAACGAGACGGAGAAGACGACCGCACACAAGGAAGGAGAGAAAUGGAGGGGAGCGAAGAGGGAAAUGGAGGAAGCAGAAGCGAGGCAGCAGACCGCAGAGAAAGGCAGACAGGAAGAGAGGAGUCAUGGGCAGAAGGGAAGAGAAGAGGACACAGAGAACGGACAGGGGGAAUGCACACAAGAGAGAAGAGCGCAGAUGCCGAAUCAUUUCCAGAAAAACGAAGGAGAGAAGAAACGCGAAAAGAAGUCGAGCAAAAGUUGGGAUGCAGAAGGCCGGUCAACAAGACGAAACGUGGAGCAGAGGCAAAAUCGCUGACUCUCAAGGCGAGUGCAGAGAGGUCUCACAGGGCAUCCACGUUUCUACAUUCGCCGCGUCACCGGUCGCUUGAUCGCGUCUCUUUGGGCUCCACUCUGGAGGCGGCAGUUCUUCACCACUUGCGAUGCGAAGAGAGUGAGUUGGAAGUCCGCCCACGACCCUCUUCUCGUUUUCCUCGUUGCGUGCCGUCGACAUCUUCUCCUUGUCUCUCCAUCAAGCCAGAGACAGAACUCUGUCGAGGCACAUGGGGACAUGGAGCUCCUGAACGGCGCCGUGAAGAAGCUGAAACCGAAGGAGAGCGAUGGAGAGAAGUCGAGCGAACGUGGAGGGCGCAAGGAAAAGGCAGACAGCGGAAGGAAGACGGAAGCAAAGGAACCCAUGGACUUGCCAGCCAAGUCCUCCUGCGGGGAGAACAGGAGAACGAUCCAGACAAGCAACGAAGAAGGAGAAAAAAGACACAGACAGAAUCGUUUAGGGAGAAAAGUGAAGUGUACAGCAAGAAAGUAGUAGACGAGCGGCCGGAGCGCGUUCUCGCUGCUUCCCUGUCCUGUCUCCAUCCGUAUGUCUUUAUCUCUGAAACAAUGGAAGUCCCGAACAAGAAGGCGAUCCAGAACAUGACGAAUCGCGUCCGAGGUUUCCGUCUGCAGAAGGCACAGCGAGAAAAACUUGUGGAGUCUAACGGGCUUAACACACAUCCCUUUGGUCUCACGCUGCCUGCCCUUCGAAGCCGAAGUCGAGAGAGGACCGGAGAGGCUACUUGCCUCGAGACGCCGGAAAUUAAAGAGGAAUGGAGAGAAGCUGAGAGAGAAGACCGAAGUCGAAGCAACCAAGUGAAUCAGGAGAACGGGAAGGGAGAAAAGACCGAAUCCUUCGAUGAACUUUCAAAGAAAGGUGCAGGGAAGCUCCCAGAGGGAUGGCCGCAGAGAAACGCUUCGAAAAACACACAAGAGAGAGCAGCGAGACGCCCAAGACAACAACAGAACAAAGCCGAGUCGAGCCACAGCUCGUCUGAUUCUUCUCUCCGGCCUUCAGCACUGGACCGCUCUCGAGACGCGUCUCCGGGAAACAGUUUUGCAGUUUCCUUCUUAUCUCCUUCUCACCAUGAAGCUCUGCAGUCUCCGCCUCGGCCGACGGCCUCUCCUGCUUCGCAUUGCUCCGCCGAUCCCUGUACGUAUCUUGCGUUUUCUUCGCCGAAGGAGCUAGCAGUCGUGGAACGAACUGGACCCCAGGAAAAGCCAGGAAACCGUUCUCCGCCCUGUUCCCAUUUCUCCUCGGAAGCAAGCAGCCGCCGGUCUUCUUCUCUCUCUUCACUCUGGAAGGCACAUGGUGGGGUGUCUCUGCCUCCUCAGCAAGUGACGGUGCCGCAGUGCGGAAAAGACACAAAGGAAAAAGGUUUUGUCGCGUCGCCCAGUCCCUCAGCGCUGUGGUCUCCAGUAGAGGAGCUCCUGGCGCUCUUCUUUUCUUCUCCCCCGGAGAGUCGCGGCUCUCUCACCCUUGAGGAGAAGCGGAACGCACAGCUGAAGGAGGAGACAGACGUGACACAGCCGAAGAGGCUUCGAAGUCCUCGACAGAGCGAGAAGAAAACGCAGUCAUCGAAGUUCGUGUGGGCGCCUCAGAACGAGGUGACUCGAGAGACAACGGAUCGGGAGAGAAAGAGAAUGCCGGAAGAGAAGGACGAAGGGAGAAGCAGAGAGUCUCAGAGGCACAAGGAGAAGCAGGUGACAGAGGAGGAGAAGCAACGCUCGAGGAAACAAGCCGAGAAACGAGAAGGAACUGUUUUUGACCGACUUUUCAACUCGCACAAGUUUCCACUAGCCCGGCCCUCCUCGUUCCGAGAAAAACGGAAACAGCAAAGGAGAGAAGAGGAGAGAGACCGACGACUGAAAGAGGCAGCAGAAUGCACAUUUCGUCCGAAUAUUAGCCGAUCUCAGCGCACAGUCUCGGGCUUUCGUUUGCGGAGCUCGGACGAGGCACUCGGCGGGGCGCCAUCGAGAAGAGAGGGGACAGAAGGAUUCGAAGGGAAAAAACAUCGGGAGGACGAAACCGCCACCAAGGAGAAGCAAACAGGCAUGUGGAGACAACAGAGAGAUCUAGAAAAGAAGGAGGAGGCAGGGGAGAAAGCGAACAGCAGCGGAACCGCGGAGAAUGCAAAUGACAGCGUGAACGACAGUGAAGCGAGUGGAGGACUGGAGCAGAAAAGGGAGAAUGAAUUCGGAGAGGAGAGACGAUCAGACACAAGACCGCAAAGAGAACACAGGCAGCAGCGAGAAGUGAGACGGAGAGAUGACGGAUCAGGAGAGAGAAGGAAGCAAGGACAGCAUGCGGAGGAAAAGGGAGGUGAAAGACAAAGAUAUAGGGUGGAAGAUGUCGUGGAGACCAACAUACUGGGGUGCAGAAAAGUCGAAGGCAAGGCAAAGCAAGGGAGGCACAGUAGAGAGGACGAUGACGAGAGACGAGCAGAGAGAAGACAACAGGGACGCGUUCGGGAGAAAACGCUCAGACUGUGGCUUCAGGUCAACGCCGAUCGAUGCGGAGAAAACGUCGAGAAGAAACCUCAGGGAAGAAACGAUGAAAACGACUUGGAUGCUGCCGAGGAGUCAAGGAUGGUGCACGCAACAGCACAAUCACAGAAACACAGCACAGAGUCUGACGUAGAGGGACUGCUCAGAGACGAAACUCGAAGCGAGAAAGACUGGAAAAUCAGGAAUAGAAUCCAAAAUCCAGGGCAAGAGGCAGCCGAAAGAAGAGGGAGGGGGCGAAGUAAAGAGGAACGAGGUCAAAGGAACCAAGGAACAGAGGGCGCGCAAGAGUUACACAGAAUCGGUCGCCCUGGAGAAGAAGAAGGUAACAGACGAGAAACGGAUGCCAAGAAAGCAAACACAACAAAGCAGACAGAGGGACGCAAACCAAUGAAGGAAGAGAAGCGGCAGCUGAAUGAGGAGGAAGCGAACAAGAAAGAAAAGGAGGACCUCGAAAAAGGGAGACAAGAAGGUCAAGAACAAGACGCGAACAAAGAAGUAGGUACGCCUACCCUCUGCUGCCGUCUGCCAUUCUCUUCUUCUCCAUCUUCGAUGCCUUCUGGGCCGGCAGAAGCCUGUCAGCAGGAGGCGGAACAGAUGACGGAGAAAGCUGGUAUCCCAAGCAGGGAGGAGGUGCAGAACCGGCUUUUGAUGGAGAGCGAACGACGAGAAAGAACUCAGCAGGAAAACAACACACACCAGGAGGAGCAGCGCUGCGCCACGGGCAGCCAUGAAAUGUCAGCAUCGCCACAAAGGGAGGAGAAUAGUAACUGCAUAGGAAGGAAAACGCGAGGAAAUUACGACCCCUUUCUUGCUUCCAAGCGAUGCCAGAGAGACUCAUCUCCCUCUUUUCUGAAGUGCCUCCGAGGAGCGAAAACAAACAUUUCAUCUUCUUGCUGCUCCUCGUUCCCCCGCCCUCAAUGCUCCCGCUCUGGCUCUGCCGGCUUGGUGGCUGAUCACCAUUCUGGAAGCUCUUCGGCUUCCUCGCUUCGCUCUUCUCCAUCUUCUCGCGACACCUUGCGCUGCGUCUACCAUCAUGGCUCUUCCCUCCCUUCUGCCAUCCCCCCAAGUCACAGCUCCUUUCCGCGUCCAGAGACUCUUCACACACAGAAAAGGUUUGAGACACCCUCGCCUCUCUCGUCUUUUCUCGGGAGAGCCUCCGAACGCACUGACACUCUUGAGGGCGUUUCAAGGCUCGCGCCGGAACCAAGAGAACACAGGGAAAAGCCAAGAGAAGUUGUUCGUCCGCCGAACCAUUCCCCAAAUGGUCACCGUACUUCUGCAGGCCCCAGUUUUUCUCCUUCCCUCAGAACACAGGCGCAGGCGCCAGGAAGAAAACGAAACGGAAAGGAAGAACAGGAGAAACGCGGAAGGACAUGGUUGCGCCUUCCUGACAUGAAGGGGCAUGCGCGUCGCGAGCGCGCCCUUCUCUCAUCUCAAAGAGGAAGCAUGAAGAGAACGUUUCCAGCAGCAGCGAAGGCAGAGGAGACAGAACAGUUCGAGAGGACAGACGGUUUGACUGCUAUCGACUUUCAGGAGCUGAGCGGCACCUGCCAGACUGCCUCGUUCCCCUGUUCGUCUCGUUCGGAGAGACCCGACACAGACCAUGGUUCAUGCGUCUCGAGGGAAGAAGAAAGUGGAGAGAAAAACCUGACAAAGGCGCAGGGGGAUAAGAGAAAACCGUGCAGAAUGCCCAUCCUUCGUGCGAGAGCCAUGAGCUGCGACAGUCCUCUCCUCCUGUCUUCCUGUCGGAUUCCGACGGGAGAUUCGAGGGUACAAGUGGCCAGAGAAGAACACACAGAAAGAGCGGAUGAAGCAGAAAAAUCAGGCCCAGAAGAUGGAAGAAAAAAUCCUCGACAAAGACCGAGGGCGCAGAGCUGCGUCGGGCGGAUCUGUUUCUCCAAGUCUUCUGCUCACUUCCAAAUGGCCGGAGAUUUUGGAUCAACGUGGAAGCAGAAAACCACACACUCCAGCCAGCAAAGAGACACGAAGAGAGAAACACGGGAAGGCCUUCUCCAACAAACGGGGGUUUCCAAAGGGAGAACAAAUCUCAGAUUUUUGCGUCAACUAGGACCAGCAGACACCGGAAGAAGUAACACAGAGAGGAACAGCUGCCAAGGUGUCCCGUUGACCCACAGCAACUGCAAAAAGCUGGAUCUUUUUCCCUUCAAGCCCCAAGUCUUCAAGCCCCGUCGAAGUAGCGAGCCGAGUGCCUCCGUUCUCUCGCUGUUGAGAAACCCCGUGACAGCUCGACUGUACUGCGCUCAACUGGCGCGGAUGGAGCGGUGCGCUGAAGAGAAGCGAAGGCUCAUCAAGGAGCUUAGACAGCUCGAAGAGCUCAAAGAGUGCACUUUCAAACCCAAACUGAUUUCAACACCUCUUCGAUUUAUCGCACGAAAAGCUCUCCGUCGUUCUGCGUAUCCGACUGACGCUUCUUCCUCCUACGGCUCCGACAAAUGGCCCUCUGUUGCUUUGCAAGCUCCAGAUGCGCUUGCAGGCAUGCUGGUGCGGCUCGAGCCUUCUUCGUCGUCGGCCUCCACGGCCUUUCCUCCCUUGUCUUCCAGGUCUUUCGGGCCGUCCUGUACGACGUGCUCUGCGGCGGCCUCGGCCUUUCCCGAUUAUCGAGCAUCGCCGUUCUUUCCUUUCUCGUUUCCGUGGCUUCCCAGCGGCAUUUCCCCCUCAUUUCCCCCUUCGUGCUCUUCACCGUCUGUUUCUGUUCCGUCUUCUUUGUCGCCUUCGCCCUUCAACUACUCGCCUGCUCUGGGUGCUUUCACAGUCUCUUCACCGGACCCUGUCUCCUUUUCACGACCUUUUCCGAAGCAAGAAGCCGAAACUGCCGGUGAAAUUCCUCGCACGCAAAGAAUUGAGUCGUCGCGGAAGAGCAAACCAGGUGCCUCAGCCAGGCACCCUCAGGAUGUCCCUGUCGUUGCUUCCCCCUGUAUGGCAUCGGUGCAUCUGUCCUCAUGCGGAGAAGAACAGCACACGACGAAAGAGAAAAACCAGAGUUAAAAAGAAGCAAGGAAAGGCAGCAGAGGGGUCUGUGAGGAGCGAGGAAACCGUCGUUGCGUGAAUCAACGGGAAAAGAAGAAAAAACUGACAGCUAAAAUGUAGGCACUGUGAGACCUUCUUUAAAGAUACAUCUUCCGCCUCACAUUCUCUUUCUACGACCUCGACUGAAGGCAGAGACCAGAGGCCACCGUCGGCGAGCCUCUGUGUUGUUCACCAUUUUGCCUCAACUGCUCAUUUUUUUCGACUCUGUUUCCCAGCCCCUCCUAGUCUGCUUAUCUCGUUUUUUCUCUGCUCGUGUGGACAAGUGGUGGAGGAGAGAUCGCUGCAUCGAUCCUUUUUCGUGUUUGCCAGCGAAUGCGUACACCUUCAAGUCCUCUGCUGUAGGCCGUGCUUUAGUGCUCAUGUGCUCCACGCUACAGGAAAGCCAGACCGAGGGAAAAGACGGCCUGUAUGUCUGCCGCUGGUUUCUGUCUCAUUUU